UUGUAUACCUAUUUCUACUUUUCGUCAGUCGUCUUCUAAACCUACUCAUUCAACAAAAACCAACUGUGAUGCGCUAUGUUUCCGAGUGUUUAAACGUCAUUUUAUUACAAAUAAAAAUGUCUGAGUUGACUGACUCUAUUGUGUUUCGAAUUAAGUUAUUGGAAGUAGUAUUGUCUAUACUAAGUUUAGUACCAUUUUUCGGCCAGCAUAACUAUCCUGCCAACGAUAUAAUAUUAGGUGAUUUUGUGUAUUUGACCCUUUAUGGAUUUUUGGGCAUAGGCAUUGUGGUACUUGCUAGUUUCAUUAGAUCAGAAUCCAUAUCAGAAAAGUUGAUAUUUUAUACAACGGCUACAGCCUCGAUUAUGCAUUUGAUGUCAUCAAUAAUUGUAAUUGUAGCGUUAUUAGAUGUUUGGAACGGUGGAAGAUUUAUUGGUGUUAUAUUUAUUAUAUUCAACACAUUAACUUAUGGAUGGGACGCAUAUCAAUGUCUCAAAUCAUAAAAUGCUGAACGAUUAAAUUAUAAAAAGUUUUUUUAAAUCUAACUGAUACUUUAUUACUUAAAAGUCUUUAAUUUUAAGCUUAUAAAAAAAUACUAUUAGUAUUAUUUCAUAUUAGCCUAAAUAGAUAUUAAUGUAGUUAUAAAAUAUAAAUGUGUUAUUUAUAAUUAAUGAAGCUCAAUACCGUAUGUUUGUAUUAUUGAUAAUCAUAGGUGCAAGUAGAAAAAAUUUUUGCGAAAGUUAAAUAUAAAUUUAUCCAUCCCUGAAAUAUAUAAAAAAGAAUUUUUACUAACUUUUGAGAGGACUUAAUCUUUGUUAAGUUUCCAAGUCCUCUCUGUUUACUUUUAUUCUGAUAACAAUAUUUUAAAAAAUGUACGGAAAGCAAGGAAUAAAGAGUGAUUAAUUUUUACUCACUAAAAACACUCAUUCCUUAAAAAUAAUAAUUUAUUAAUGUUGUUUUAUAGUUAUUUAUAAUUUAUAAAAGUAAAAAUAAAAAUCCUGCCUUUAAAAUAUCUAAUUUAUUGUCAAAUAGACUUACUGUCUUAUCGUAAUUUAUUACUGUCUGAAUAAUUCCUUAACGUCCUGUUUACAGAGUUUAUAUACUUAGUAAAUUAAUGAAUUCAUAAAAGUUCGACAAGUUUUGCGUUAACAACUUUCAAAAGGAAUGAAUUUGAGCUAUUAAUAAUUUACAAAUUUUAUUAUAUGAUUUGAUAUAUUUUACAUUAGUUGAACUCUUAAAAAAAUAUGUUGGAAUUUUCAAAUACAUGUACUGGAAAUUUUGAACAAAUACAAUGUAAUACAAAAUUUAGAUAAAUAAUAAAAAUAUUAUUUUUGUAUGGA